AUGCCCUGGAACGUGGGCGUGUUACUGUUGUACUUUCUCCUGGAACUGACCAAAGAAGGUUGUCUUUCGGAGAACCUUCAGCAGGCCUUCCGUGUGGAACCUGAUAACGUCACCGUCCGCGAAGGAGAGGCAGCUCUGCUAAAGUGCGAGGUGGAAAACCCCUCCGGCAUUGUGCAGUGGGCAAAAGAUGGGCUUUUGCUGGGACCUGACCAGAAUAUUCCUCGGUUCCCAAGAUACAGCAUGGUGGGGGAGCCCGAUAAAGGCAAAUAUAAUCUGCAAGUAGCGAGGAGCCGGCUGGAGGACGACGCCUCCUAUGAGUGCCAGGUGGGCCCCUCUGAAGAAAGUAACGGCAUCAUUUCUCGCAGUGUGCAGCUCACUGUGCUGAUCCCCCCGAAGAAAGCGGUCAUUACUGAGUAUGAGGCCAACAGCACUGUGACCUGGGUGGCUGGCAAGGAAUACACAGUGCACUGCCGGGUGGAAGAUGCCCGCCCUCCAGCUGAGAUUGUCUUCCGCAAAGGUGCCCAUGAGCUGGCAGAUGUGACGUCCAGCACCCAACCUGGCUCUGGAGACAAGCUCUUCCACACUGAGGCCAUGCUGACGAUCACUCCGGAGAGCUCAGACAACCAGCGGCAGCUGCUGUGCAGAGCCUCCAACAUCGCUGCACCGAUCCCAGUGGCUGUUGGCUUCACUAUGAAUGUCCUGUUUCCACCCCAGCCUCCUGUCAUCAGGGGAUACGAUGGCCCUGUGGUAAAAGCCAAGGACAACCUUGUACUGACCUGUGUUUCUUUAAGUGGGAACCCCCUGGCUACUCUGCAGUGGCUGAAGAAUGAUGAAGUCAUUUCCACCAACUGGGAGACUGACGAAGCCAACCAGUUAUCCCGGAGUUCCCUGAGUCUCCGAAUCACAGCGGAUGACAACAUGGCUACAGUGAGCUGCCAGGCCUUGAACACCGUCCUGCCUGCACCCCUGCAGGCUAGCAUGGUUCUGCCUGUGGUUUUUCCCCCUGAAGAAGUGAAAAUCACCGGCUCAAGCAGUGCCCAAGAAAACAAGGAGAUCUCCUUGUCUUGUUCCACGUCCAGCAGCAACCCUCCUGUGCUCCUGCGCUGGUUGCUGGGCUGGAGGGAGAUCAAUGCCACCGAGGCCACAGUCUCAGAGGCAGCGAAUGGUGGGAUGAUCACCGUAUCUAACCUGACAUAUAUAACAAACCGAGAGGACAAUGGGCUGCCCCUGGUCUGCGAAGCCUUCAAUGAAGCCAUCAUGUACACCAAGACUGACACUGUGACCCUCCGAGUAACAUAUCCACCCCAGAAGGUCUGGAUUGAUGUUCCACCCCCAGAAACAUACUUCCGAGCUGGCACCAAAGUCAAGCUCAGCUGUUUUGCUAGUGGAGGGAACCCUGCGCCUCGUCUUGAGUGGUACAAGGAGACCAAGGCAGUAAGGGAUGGAACGUCUUCAGGGUCGGCAGGGAAUAUUGUUUCCAAGGAGCUGAUCUUGACCACUUCGCCCAGCGACAACUUGGCCAUCUACCGCUGCAAUGCCACGGGCCCUUCCAGGACCACGCCAAUCACCGCGUACACCUUUCUGCGCGUCCAGUUCCCACCCCUGCAUGUGACGAUUACGACGGAGGACAAGGAACCAAGACGUGGCCAGACAGUGACUCUGACCUGUAAAUCGGGCAGUAGCCAUCCUCCUGCUAGUCUCACGUGGCUCAAAGAUGGGAAAAGGCUGAAUGCCACCAAUCUAGGGCAGAAGAAAGCAGAGUAUGGAGGCUUCUCUAUCUCGGGAAGGGUAACUCUGGUGGUGUCCUCUGCAGAUCAUGGGAAGAGGGUGGAAUGCCAUGCGUACAGCCCCAUCCUCUCUGAAGGUGUGAAUAGCUUCUACCAGCUCACUGUCCUCUUUCCUCCGGAAUUCUCCUGUGAGCAGCCUCUUGUCGUGCAAACUGUGGAGCAUGAAGCUGUUCUGUUGCCCCUGCUGGUCUCGGCCAGCCCACCUGAGAUCACCUGUCGCUGGAUCUUCCUUGGUGAGGUGCUCUUGACAGAGGGUUCCCCACGGUACCACCUGCGAGAUGGCGGUUCCCUGGAGAUCUGGAACGUGACCCGGGCUGACACUGGCUUGUAUAAGAUCCACUGUGAGAACCCAGAAGGGUACAAUGAGACGACCAUCUUGCUGGACGUUCAGUAUUCUCCAUCCAUCCGCAGCAUCGGAGACCCAACCUACGUGGACCUGGGAGGCACUGCAGAGAUUGUAUGUCAGGCCGAUGCCAACCCUGCCCCGGAGAGCAUGUUCCAGUGGCGGUGGCUGGGUGACUUGGAGCAGAACUUGGAGGAGCUCGGCAUCGAGCUGCGCUCAGAAGGGCUUGUGGGACGACUGCAUGUCCAGGAGGCACAACGAGCUCAUGCUGGUCUGUACGAAUGCCAGGUAGACAAUGGCAUCUCCCCAGCGGCCAGAAGCAGUGCCCGCUUGAUUGUGCGAUACGCACCAGAGAUCAUCAAGGGUCCUGGAGAACGGAAAGUGGCAGCCUCAGGAGAUGGGAGAAGCCAAGCCACACUCCAGUGUAGCGCUCAAGGGGUUCCUAUGGUGUUCUUCAGCUGGGCCAAGAGUGGUGUCUCCCUUGACCUCCCAAACUCCAGGCAUACUGUGGCUACAGACCAUGAGGGCUCCUUGCAUACGAGCACCUUAACCAUUGCCAAUGUGAGCGCAGUUCUUGACUAUGCCACCUUCACCUGCACAGCCAGAAACGAACUAGGCGUGGAUACCCUUGACAUCCAGCUACUUAGCACUAGCCGCCCUGACUCACCAACAGGGCUAAAAGUUGUUGAUGUUUCCCACAACUGGCUGGCUUUGGAAUGGACCCCAGGCUUUGAUGGAGGGCUUCAGCAAAGCUUUCGUGUCAGGUAUCACUGGCCAGGGGCGCCCAGCUUUCUGUAUGUGGAUGUCUUCCCACCACAGUCAACCGCUUUCACCCUCACUGGCCUGUAUCCAAACACUCUCUAUAAUGUCUCCGUCAAUGCUCGGAACGGGCUUGGUGAAAGCGACUUUGCGGAUGGAGGUGUGGGGCUCAGCGUUACCACUGAAGGAACUCAAGGAGCAGCAAAGGCAAAAGUGAGAUUUGGGAACAAUUAUACCGUGUUUAAGUGGCUGAAAGCUGGUGCACAACCAGAGAAGCUGGAGGAGCACAGCUCUGAGGGUAGCUCUGCCAAGACGUCAACGACUGGUUCUGGGGCCACUUCCCAUACCUGGACCCAGCUGGGCCACCAAGCUGAUAGUGAAACAGAUGCUAGCGCUGCAGGUCCCAGCAUUCCACCCCGCUGGCCUGGCUCCCCGGAGCUCCAUGAGUAUGAGGAAGUGAGGAUGCCUAGGAGAUACGAUGAGCUGGGACCUCUGUAUGAAGUCUGGUACCCCGAGGAGGCACCAAGGAUUCAUGAGUACGCUCAGGCCUAUCAAUCGAGCGGAGCAUCUCUGGGUAGCUAUGCAGAAAUGAUGCAGAUCUAUGACUCCGUGGUGGAUUACCUUCCCCUGGACAGAGAUCUGCCCUUUGAGCAACAAGGGGAACUGGUCUAA